UCGCGCAGAACUCCUGAUCCUGAGUUGCGUUCAGUGUACAUUUCCACUGCUCACUCAUCGCUCACUCAUCGGAUGCUCAAUUGUUGUGCAACUGUUGGACUUCGCGAACGCACCCAUUAUUGCAUGACAUAGCGUAAUACUCCACGAUGUGAUUCGCCAAUCGCCAUGCUUGAAAAGUGUUGACCGUUGACUAUCACGCUUACUGUCGUCCGGCCCUAGGUUGCGCAUGGAAGAGAACCUUGAAAUUGUACCGUGAAAAGUCAUGACAUCGAAAACAUUGUGCGUGUAGGAACGAAAUGAAACGAAUCGUGUCGUGACGUUAAAAAACGUGUCUUGGUCGACUGAGGAACGCUCCCGAGGUUAAAUCUCGCCGAUCUAUCUAUAUGUAUUCAAAUGGUUACAAUCUCGCGUUAUAACCUUUGUCACGUAUGCAUUUCUUAUAUCAGCUGAUGAAUUCGACGUAACUGUAUUCACAGCAAUAGAUUCCCAAAACGGUUGUCCCUCCACGAUACAAGGAAAAAACACAUUGUCAUGGCAGAUCUUGCCUUAGGAGAGCUCAGCAGCGAUCAGACUGAAAAAGUGCUACAGUUUCAGGACCUCACUGGGAUAGAGGAUCUAUCAGUAUGCAGAGACGUUCUGCAAAGGCACAAUUGGAAUUUGGAAGUUGCAGUCCAGGAACAACUAAAUUUGUACGAAGGUAGACCAUCCAUGUAUGCACAAGACUCGCGGUCCCGUCCACCGCAGGUUGUAGAUGACAGCAGUUCCAGAAUUUACUUCAAUUAUCCUGGCAGCUCUGGUGGAGGUGGUGGUCUCUUGUCUUACAUUCUGUCUGUGUGUUACAACAUAGUGAGCAGUAUCCUGCAGCUAGUUUUUGCAAUAUUUAGGACAAAUGUUAGACCUGUGUCCUCUGAUCCAGUGGAAGAUGUAGUCAACUUUAUUAGAUCUUACGAGGAGCGUUAUGGUAACGUUCAUCCAGUAUUUUACCAGGGCUCUUAUAGCCAAGCACUUUCGGAUGCAAAGCAAGAAUUAAGAUUUCUAUUAGUGUAUCUCCAUAAGGAUGAGACACAAGACAUUGACCAAUGGUGCAGAAAUACAUUGUGCGAUCCGGAAGUGAUCCGAUAUAUAAAUACACAUACUCUAUUUUGGGCGUGUAAUGUAAAAUCGGGAGAAGGUUACAAAGUCGCUGAAGCGCUGAAAUCUGGUUCUUAUCCUUUCUUGGCACUAAUUGUAUUGAAAGACAACAGAAUGACAAUAGUUGGUCGAAUGGAGGGUGCCCCAUCUUCUGCUGAUUUAACAUCACGUUUACAAACGAUCAUAGAACGCAAUGAAAUUAAUUUGAUCCAAGCACGUCGAGAGAGGGCAGAACGUAGCGCCGCACAGUCUCUUCGACAACAACAGGAUCGUGCUUACGAGGAGUCAUUGCGCGCUGAUCAAGAAAAGGAUCGCAAAAGAGAAGAAGAACGAAAAGCACGCGAAGAGCAAGAAGCUCGAAAGAAAGAGGAAUUAAAUGCGCAAGAAUUAGAGAUCCAACGUAUACGGCUUGAAAAAGAAUUAACUGUUAGCAAAGUGCCCCUUGAACCAGAACCAUCAAAUCCUAACGCGUGUCAUCUGCAAAUCAAGCUUGGAGAGAGGACAAUGAAGAGAAGAUUUCUCAUGACUGACACAGUUGAGGAUGUUUACCAUUGGAUAUUUAGCCAACCAGAUUCCCCAGCAAGUUUCGAAAUAACAACAAGUUUUCCUAGGAGGAUUCUAUAUCCUUGUAGAGAUAUUUUGACCCUAUUGGAUGUUGGUUUAACCCAUAGAGAAGUUCUUCACAUAAACGAUCUAGAUGACUAACUUUGAUCGUUAAUUCGGAUAUACAGCAUUUUUCGAAUUUUAGUAUCAUUCCAUGAAAAAAAAUGAUACUGUCAUGAGAGACACUUAUCAGAGAUAUCGAUACGCAUACGCGACAGCAUAUA